UUUCAGAAGGAGCUAUGACGGCGACGAUGGAGACGUAGUAACUACGGAGAUUCCCCGAAGAUGGAGAUGUGAUGCAUCCAUGGUGAGCUCCCUUCGGAUAAAAUUUCAAAAAACAAGUUUCAGAGCUUCAAAGCUUCAGAUCUGUUUUCUUCUUCCUCCUCCUUCGUAGUCCUUGGAUCGGUUAAAAACGAUCUUAAAAGCUGCAAAAACCACCAUUUCGCCGACUUCUCUGACCGGAAAAUUGAAUGAUUGGUUCGUUUCUUCGAUUUGUAGCUGAGUGUCACUUAGGCGCUGAAGAAAGCAUCCGAGUUUUAAGAAGCUGAAGAAGAGAAAAAAAAAUGCCGAGGCCUGGUCCUAGACCUUACGAGUGUGUGAAACGAGCUUGGCAUAGCGAUCGUCACCAACCCAUUAGAGGUUCAAUUAUCCGCCAGAUUUUCAGGCUAGCCAUGGAAGCACACAGUGGAGCGACGAGGAAGAACAAAGAAUGGCAGGAGAAGCUUCCUGUCGUUGUCUUGAAAGCCGAAGAAAUCAUGUACUCUAAAGCCAAUUCCGAGGAAGAGUAUACAGAUGCUGAUACUAUGUGGAAUAGGGUGAAUGAUGCGAUUGACACCAUUAUUAGGAGAGAUGAAAGCACAGAAACUGGCCCUCUUUUGCCUCCUUGUGUUGAAGCUGCUCUUAACCUGGGAUGCAUUGCUGUAAGAGCUUCAAGAAGCCAACGACAUAGUAGCAUAAGGACUUACCUCGGUCCAAAAAUCCAAGAACCGGUUUCUGCGUCUGCUAAUGAGCCGUCAUACCAUCAUGAAUAUCAUCAUCAAGCUCAAAACCCCACCAAACCAAGCCAUACCGGUCAAGCUGCGAUCCCUGUAGAUGUUCUUGAUGACAGCAACAAGCACGUAGCUCCUCCUGGUUACCCAUUUCUACAUGAAUCAAUGCAGAUGCAUCAGAAGCCAUUGGCAAGAAAACUAGCGACCAGCACUUCUCCAGCUCCAGCUCCAAUCAACUUGGGUUCGGUGUAUCCUUUGUAUUACGGAGGAGGUAAUAAUCAGACGCAGCAAGUGGACAUGUCUUUUAGAGUCCCUGAAACGCCUAUAAUCAUUGGCAUGCCUAUCGGUAUAAAGGCCCCUGAAGAAGCAGCAACAGAGAGUCUCUGUGAUUUAUCCUUGAGGCUUGGUAUAUCUUCAGAACCACCCUCUACAAGAAUAGAUGCCGGGUCUAGUCGGGCUUACCGAGGAAGAAACCAAGAAGAGUUGUGUUUGUUCUCUGAGGUGAAGAAGAAUGAUGUGUUUGAUUGGUUUUCAAAUUAUGAAGGUCAGGAUUCAGAUUCGAGAGUUAAAAAGCACAAAACGUUUUGUGGAGACUCCCUCUAGGAUUUGCUUAGUUUUUUUUUUUACUCAAAAUCUUGUAAAAGCCUCAGGUUUAUUGGUUAAUAUUAUUGACUCUACUAAGUCCA